GGGCCCGCCCGGCUCUCCCCUCAGCCGGCGCCGCUCCCUACCCGGGCGGCCCCGCACGGCCCCGCCGCUGCAGCCGCUGUGCGCCGGAGCUGUCCGGGCAGCCCCGAGCCGGAAGUGCGGCACGACGGGAGCGGUGCUGAGGACAGCGGCGCCGGAGGUGUGCGGGAGAACGGCUCCGGGACGGGGCCAGGGAGCGGAACCGUGCGCGGCCCUCCCCUCGGCCGUGGGAGAAUAUGCGGCUCUCGGGAGGGAUGUGGGCUAAUGGGGGCCUUUAGGGCUGUGCGGGUCUGAUGGGAGGAUCCGGGGCUCUAGGGGGCUGUGGUGAGGCUAUAAGGAGGCUGUGGGGGCCAUGGGAGCAUCUAGGGAGAUACGUGAGUGUAGGGCGUGUCUGGGGGCUGUGGGCCUAUAGGAAGGGAGGUGUGGGGAGGCUUGAGGGAGGAUGUGGGGCUCUAGAAAGCUGUGUGGCACUAAGGAAGGGGUCUAAAUUUGCUGUGGGGGGGUGUUUGGGAAGUGCUGUUGAAUCAUGUCCUGAAGCUCUGAUUGCCCACUUGAGGCCAGCCCUGAGUGAGCCGUGGGAGCCCAGGUGAAGGCAAUCCAGCUGUGUGAGUGGAAGGGCUGGAGCCAGGCUGCAGCUCUCCUAGAGCCUGCUGAGGGGCUGACUGCCCCUGGGGAAGGAUCUCUUUCUGGAGAUGGCUCCUCUGGGAGUUUUUUCUUCAUGUAUUUCCAGCUCUCCCUUUCCAACGUGAUCAUCUUUCUAGCUGUGCGAUCUGUGGGCACCGGCCUAAGCGCAGCGCUGUGUAUCUCUGUUGCUCAUCCAGGGGGAUAUAGGAGACUGGGGCUGGUUGGCUCUAGUGGGGACAGAAUCCUAGAAUAUGUCAAUCUCUCCUCGUUUGGUUUCUGUUAGGACGGGGGGAAGGGGAGCGGCGUGAAGCUGCGUGCAUUCCCUGCUGCGCGGCUGUGCUGGCAGCGGUGCGGUUGGUUUGUUUUUUUCUGCUUGGGAGGGUGGGAAGGAGCUCAGCAGGCCUGGCUCGGGGCCUGCUGGCCCUAAGGAGACCUGUCUGGGCCCAGCCUUUCAUGCUUUGGUCAGUUUGGCAAUGGCAGUGUGUAUCUGUGUGGGGAAAGGAGUGUGUGUAGCAAUGGUGGUACUUGAUGGUACAAUGGUGGAGGAAGACACGGUUUGUCUUUUUCACUGUCGUAUGGAGACACUCAGGUGAGAAAGCGUUGUGCUUUAUGGCACAGUUUCCUUGGGCAAAGGCUUCUUUGGCAGCAGAAGCUUGGUGCCAGGAGGCAUGAAAGCACUGAAGCAAAUGCUGCUGUGCAGUGGGCCCGGAGACAUCAGCUCCCAGCACGUCCCUGGCGGUGGAUGUGUGCACGCUCUGUGUCUGUCAGUGAUUGCUCCAAAGGCUUUGUAGUCAGCUGUGCGUGGCUGUUUUCUUUUUAGGGCGUGGGGACAGAGGGCAACUCGCUGAUGGGAGUGAUGGUGUCCUGCUCGGAAGUGGAUGUGCUGGGUGGCAGAAGAGGAUUCGUGGCCGAGUGUGGAAAAUCUCUCUGCUCCUUCCUGAAGGGAUGUGGACUGUCAAAAUGAUAUCCGAGAAGUAGGUGUAAAGGAAGCCUCUACUUUCUAAAUAGUCUGGAUUGCCACCUUCAGCUCCUUUGACACCAUCUCCAAAGACAUCAGGACUGAGGAGGGGACCGUGACUCUGCAGUGGCCGGUGUUUCACCUCUCUGCAAACCUGAUAGCCACGCACCACCUCAAGAACCCGCAGGGAGUCCCUACCCGCCCAUAGGAAGGUGGAGCCGCUGAAAUACAGCAAGGUGGCCACAGCUGCCUCUGUGACCUGGCAGAGAGCAAAGAUGUGCAUCCAAAGCACCGUGUCCCUGAUCUCAGGCUGUCUGAAGAAUGGCGAGAACGUUGCCAUUGUCCUAAAGGGCAUCGGGGUGCUCCACAUUGACCCUUCAAAUGAAAUUCUACCGCGACUUCCUCGAGAAGCUGUCAGGCAAAGAGAAAUUCAGAAGAGCUCUUCUCAAGGCCCCCUGGCUGCUGGACAUGGUGGCGUCCCGAGCGGCACCGGUGGCCUCCCUGGCGCUCUCUGGCUGCCUUGUCGUCUUUCCCGAGUUUCAAAUGGAGUUUGUGCCCAAACCACCACCCGGCAUAUACCGCAAGUCCUCAGGAAGCGUCCCUGCUGAGGGGAAACCAAAGAAAGAAGAGGCUUUGCCACCUCUCGUCCAAGAGGGCAAGAAAGUGAGAUUUGCUGGCACGCCAACCUUCAUCAAACGCUUGAGCUCGGCAAGCGUAGAUGCAGGAGAAUUCAGAAAGAUAAGGAGCUUGCUGCGGAAGGACAGCUCUACAUUCAGUCUGCUGCCAGCGAUCUGCGCAGUGCCUGAAGCCCAAAAGCAGCCGCUGACCUGCCAGCUGCAGGGCCAGGCAGGAACCAAAGGCCAAGAAGACCGGGGCCGAGCGCUGGGAACAAAACGCGUGAGCUUCCGUGAGGAAGACCUGGAAGCGGAAACGUUCCAAGGCCAAGAAUCCAGGCUACCACUGCUGCACUGCGACUCAGUGCAACUUCUCAGGCAGAGGGCUAAGAAGAGCAGGCCAGUGCACAAAGAACCUGAGGAGGUGGCUGCAGCAGCAUCUCAGAGUGAGGCCAGCCAGCCUGCAGAGUCCUCCGCCGACAGAGCGGGAGUGCUGCCACCGAUAAACCAAGUAACACAGUCUCCGCAGCGUCAGCCUCCAAACACCAAAGCCCCACCCCGCAGGAAGGCCACCCGCUAA